GACAUUUUCCAGUCUCUUGUUCUUUGUUUUUGUACAAUCUUUUGUAUGCGUUGGCAACAACGUGUAACAAAUCCGUAUUGUUUAUCAAAUAAAAGUUAUCUUCUUUACAAUUUCGUCAUCAACUCCUUCCAAAAUGGAAUCUGAAGUGAUUAAGGAGAAAAUCCACACUGAGCCGAUGCUGAACGAUCCCCGCUACAUAACCUUACUCAGUGUCAUCGUCCUUGUUUUCACACUUUUAUUCUGGUGGUGCAUAAGCCGGCGGCGUCACGUGCGGCGAAGCGUGCUGCUCGCGGGGCUGUCGGACUCCGGCAAGACGCUGCUGUUUGUGCGCCUCGCCUACUCGCAGUACCGGCAGACCUUCACCUCCAUGAGGGAGAAUGUCGAAGACUUCGUCGGAGCCAAUAGUUCACUGAAAAUUGUUGACCUUCCGGGCCAGGAGAGGCUGCGAAACAAGUUCUUUGACCAAUACAAGAACAGCGCCAAGGGCAUUGUCUAUGUUGUGGACUCUGUCACCAUUCAGAAGGAAAUCAGAGAUGUUGCAGAAUAUCUGUACACAAUCCUGUCGGACCCGGUGGUGCAGAGCAACAGCCCGCCCGUGAUGAUCCUUUGCAACAAGCAGGACCAGCCCCUCGCCAAGGGCAGCCAGGUCAUCAAGAGUCUCUUGGAAAAGGAAAUAAACAUGGUAAGAGUAACAAAGUCAAACCAGUUGCAAUCUGUGGACCCGUCCCAGUCAAACAAACAAGUGUACCUUGGCAAGUUGGGGAAGGACUUUGAGUUUGCCCACUUGAGCUGCAAAGUCGAUGUAGCGGAGAGUUCAGCUAACACUGGUGACGAUGACACUCCAGCUGAUGUCAAACCCCUACAGGAUUGGAUCUCAAAACUUUGAUUUUAAAUAAUUUACUCAUUUGCAUUUACUGAAACUGCUGAGUCAAGAUUAGGAAAAUGUAUGAAAAUAAUGUUUAAAAAAAGUAUUUUUUGUACUUAUUGAAAUGCUCAGCUGCUUUUUAAAUUUAAGGGUAACGUUCGUUAUCCCAAUGUCUUGAUCUUUCUUCCGUGGGAAUGUGAGUUUUCUAAUAAGAUUUGUUAUGAACAAAAUAAUUUUCUCAUUCCUAAUGCUUUUAUAUUCUGUGCUGACAACACUGUUGCAAUUUAAAACUUAUAAAAGAACUAUCAUGACAAACAAAUCUAUUACAAUGGAAACAUAAUAAGGAUACAGAUAAGUUGGCAUGCCAAAUUGGCACUUAUCCCCAUGUGAUAUACAAGUGUUAAUGGACUGAAUAUUUUUUAUGGUGUGUUACCUAAAGGUAAAAUAAAGUUUGUAUGUUGGAGUUCCUAAAA